GAUCAGCAGAGCGCAAUUUGAUGUGAGGACGCCACACUUGACUCAAGCGUUUUGUUUAACUCCUGACAUAGUUUGAAGUUUCACACCUAAAACUAUUUCCAGGCUUAAUGUAUCAACAUUUUUCAACACCUACGUAUCCCGGUGUAAAUUCUUCUUCACUUCCUAGUACACAUAUUACUCAGACUGCCAAUUCACUUAAAGCCGAUAUUGCAUCAAGUCAAGAAAAUAUUAGUGCUGUGGGUGUUUUGGAUGAUGAUGAUGGGGUUGGUGGCGGUGGUACGUCGGAUGGAGAAUUGUGGGCACCAUUAGCUGUUCGUGGUUAUCUUAGCAAAUGGACGAAUUUAUUACAUGGUUGGCAAGAACGCUAUUUUAUCCUCUCUGAUGGCCGUUUAACGUAUUAUCGCAAUGCAGAUGACCUGGAUUUAGGCUCAAGAGGUUCUGUUCGUAUUAAAAAUGCUUAUGUAAAAUCUCAUGAGUACGAUGAAUGUCGUUUUGAGGUGCGUGUUGGAGAUGUUAUCUGGUAUCUGCGUGGAUUAAAUCAAGAAGAGCGUUAUAACUGGAUGUCUGCAAUCGAACGACAUCGUAUUGCUGAAUCCGGUUAUGGAUCGGAAAAAACUAUUCAUCGUCAUAGCUCCUUAUUAUCGCUUAAUUCAACACACAGUCCUAGUUUACAUUCAGCUUCUAGUUUUAAACGAAAUCAUGGACUAAAAGAGAAAUUGGCUGAAAUGGAGACUUUUAAAGAGAUUCUAUGCAAACAAGUUGAUUCACUACAAGCGUAUUUUGAUGCUUGCAGUGCUAUUGUACAACAUCGUGCACAUGAGAAUCUAGAUGGUUGGUUAACAAGUGAAAAUUGUCUUACGUGUUCAUCGUCAUCUUCCUCUUCUGCAUCUUAUUCAAAAGAAACAAUUGACGAUUAUGAUGAUGAUGAAGACGGUGAGUUGAAUGAGGAGAGACGCUGUCGAAACAAAGUGUACAAAUCUGACAAACAUGGCAACAAAGAAAAUAAGUCUAGUAUAACCACUAGUGAUGUACCUAUAUCUUUGUUAGAAUGUUCCUCAGAUGUGGUGCCACAGUCUGUUACUUCACCUGUUGAUGAUAAUUCAACAGAUUUCACUGCCAGUCAAUCAGAUUCAUUACAUACACCUAAAGCGAAUCGUCGUGUUGUUGUGGACAAAGAUUCAAAUAAUACUGGUAGUAUAAAAAGUGGUGGCUUUUUUUCACGUUUUCUACCUUUUCGUAAUUUUGGAAAUACAUCGACUGUUCAAACUGUCGUUGAUUCGGAAAAUGUUAACAAGAAAAAUGAAUCAACUAUUGAUAGUAAUUAUAAAAGUAAAGAAGAAUCUCAGUAUCAACCAUCUUCACGUUUUAAUGAUUUACGUAGAAUACUACAACAACAUGGUAGUCAUGCUUUAGAUUUUAAAGGUGAAGCUCACAUGUUUAAAGCUAUCACAGCUGGAAUCCUUACAAAUUUAUCGCAUUCAAUAGAAAUGAUGCAACAACAUGAAGAACAUUGGCGUAAACGCUUAGAACGUGAAAUUGAAAAACGACGCCGAUCAGAAGAAACACAGAAAGCAAUGGGACAAGAAUUAACACAAUUACGUAGUUUAAUUGGUGUAAAUGCUAAUCAUCAUACUAAUCAUCUAUCACAUACAAGAUUCUCUAGUUAUGGUAGUAGUGUAGAUUUUCAGUAUCAUUCUCCAGAUUUUAUUAAAGAGCAAAUUGUUAAAUGCACUGCUGCUGCUACUACCGCUGCUGUUAACACUAUACUUACACCAUCUAUGAUAACUGAUGAAAAUGUCUUAAGAUUAGUUGGUCCAGAUUUUGAGGAACAUUUCAAUUCACCGAUACGUGAAGAAGAAUUUUUCGAUGCUAUUGAUGCAGAAUCGGAUAAAAUGGAAGAGAAUGAAGUACGCUUAGCUGCAUUGAAAUCAGCUAGUGAAGCUAUUCGUUGGGCAAGAGCUAUGCCAUCAAAUCAUCCAUUAUAUAAUGAGUUAGAUAAAGUUGUAAAAAUGCAUGUGAAAAAUUUUGCUAAUACACAAAUAUUUAAUUAUUCCUCUAAGCUUUGUACAUUAUCAUCAGAUUCUGUUGCUUCAUUAUCUACACGAUACACUGCUACUAAUAAUAUCGACUCUGAAGUCUCUGGUAAUACUGAACUCGUAGGUCAGAAUAUAAAUGAAACUCCUGAAAAUUGGAGAAUUGUUGUCCAAGAUGGUGAUAUGAUAAUUUUCAGACGAGAGCUUGAAACAGAUGAUGGUGUUGUAUUGGAUCCAUUACAGGCUAUUCAUGUUGUUGAUGGUGUUACUGCUAAGGAGAUGUGCACAUACUUUUGGGAUGUACGAUAUCGUAUGGACUGGGAGUUCACAGUGGAUCGAGCACCGACAGUACUUGAAGUCUGUGGAGAUGAUACUGUAGUCAUACAUCAGAUGUAUAAACGUGUUUGGCCAACGGCACAGCGAGAUUCUUUAUUCUGGUCACAUAUAUGUCCUAUAAACCCUGUUCACCCAAAAGACCCUAGUAGAAAAUCAAAUCACAACCCAAGUAUGUCGAUAAGUGAUCAUCCAGUUCCAAACAAUUAUCAUGUUAAUCAUAAUAAGGUGAUAGUUCACCAGCGUUCAGCAUCCAUGGGAAUAUGUAUGGAGUCACCGUCAAAGUUAACUAGUACACAAUUCCAUAAUCUAUGUGAAGAGUCUGUUAUCCCAGAGAAUUCAACAGGUAAAAAAGUUAUUGAUAGCAAUAUUUUAGACGCUUGGAUGGUAAUCAAUAUGUCAACUGACUACCUAUCUCAUAAAAUUGAACCAUCUCCUGCUCCUACUGUUCGAUUAGGUCUUGAAGUUGUUCUCUACUGUCGUACUGAAAUUUUGACCAAUGAUAGUUGUUUGAAGAUACCAGAUGAUUUGACAAAAUUAACUCGUAAUCAAAUUCGAACUCGACUGAUUUAUAUGGCUAAUAUUAAUCCAGGUGGUUGGGUUCCAGCGGCUGGUUUACGUUCACUUGCCCAACGGGAAUAUCCUCGUUUCUUAAAACGUUUCAGUACUUAUGUAAAAGAUCAAACUCAGCAUAAAACUCCAUUAUUUUAAUAUUAUUCAGAAUCCUUUUCUCUUUUUUUUUCUUUAAAAUUUUAUUUGGUGUGUAGUAGAGUGGUAACUGUGUAAUGUGAGAGAAAGAGUGGUGAUGUUUACUUUUCAGUAUAUUUAUAAACUUACUGACCUGUUCACUUUGCAUCUUUUUUUCCUUCUUAGAUUGCAUAACUACUCUCUCAGGGGAUCCAAUAGAUUUGUGUUUGUUUAUUUAUUUGUGGCUAUGUGCAGUUUUUUCUAUAUUCUUGUUUGAUACCGCUAUACAUAUAUAUCUUAAGUGCUUUCAUUUUGUACUAAAACCCUCUUCAUUGCUACAUAUUUGACUGUGUUGUAUUGUCAUUCAUUCAUCAUUAUUGUUAUUAUUUUGCAUAUUAUACUUGUAUAAUUAUUGCUGUACAAUUUAUUUUCCAUAUCUAUCUAUCUAUCUAUCUAUCUGUCAUUUAAAUAUUGAGCAUAUCUAUUUAUCUGUAAAUAUAUAUAAGGCGGAAUAAACUUUCACUGAGAUGAUGACGGUAGUGAAUGAAUUAUUCUUCAUUUUUAUAAAGUUCACUUGUUUUGUGUUCUUGCAUUGUGUGAUUACAAGGCACGGAAUUUGUAAUUAAGUGCUUGUCAUUUUAGGGUAAAGGUCACCUUAACAACUGCUGAAAUAACCAAUCCAGCCUGAGUAUUUCGCCUGGAAAAGUACUUUUCUAUAAAAUAAAGGAAUGUAAAUUGGUUUUCUCAUAAGUUGCUAAGGUGGCUUUUAAAGUCACUCGACUUUAAAGACCAUCUUAGUAAUCGAUGAAAUAGCCAAUCAUGUUUCUCUAUUCUAUGAAAAAUUAUCCUCUUAGCCAAAAUACCGCAAGCUGAUUGGUUAUUUCGGCAGGAUAGCCUUUUACGUCGCCCAUAUUUUAUCUGGCUGUGGUUGUUUGUUUGUUUUUGACUAGAUUUUAUGUAUUUACAGUUUUUGGGUUUCUUUGUUUUCUCUAUUUGUAUUAUCUAUGUACACAAUUAUUUUAUUAUCUUAUAUUUUAAAAUAUUUCUGUGUGUAUGCAAACAAUAACCACGAGGGUAUUUUGAUGCUGUUUUCUUGUUGAAAAGAAUAUUGUUUAAAAAUCUGCCCCGUUGGUUUAAGGGUCAUGGGUCCGAGGUUUGGGCAGCCAGGUAGUAUCACUAGCUCUCACAUACAGUAGGUGUGACUUAUUUCCUACUUCAUGCAUGUGCACUACAUGACUAAGCGUGUUUCAUUUUAUUCAUCCAUUACCAUUAGAUCGUGAUUGUCUAUUUGUAAUGGAGACAACAAAAUUUGCAUACUUCCCCCUCCCCUGUAUUUCCUUUUUGUUCAUUUCACCUUGUUCUCUAUUCACUGUUAAGUUGGUUGAUCUUUUGGAAAGAAAUCUGUCACUCAUGCUUCUGCGUAUAAUUGUUUAUGAUAGUUCGGUUGGACAUUGAACGACUAUCAAACUGUUGUUUUAAUAGGCUAAUUUUUUCAAUUCCAUAAUCUAUAUAUUUUUGCGUAUUUUUAAACCUUUCAGGAGACAAUCUAUGUGAUUCUAGACUGUAAGACUUCGUAAAUUUUCAAAAUUUAAUGUAUUUUGCAGACUCUGUAUGUUUUCUUGUGUUUGUAUUCUGUACUUAUGUCUUAUUUGUUGGUAAGCGGUAUCAGCAAUUUCCAGGUGUAUAUUAUAGAUUUGUCAAAGUAGUAAUUUUUAUUGUGUUUAGUGACAACCAGUACAAUGGGAUAUUUUCAUAAUCACUUUUCAUUCAUUAAUCAGACAAUUUUUGUGCAGCUUUGAGUUCCCAUUUUCCUACAUUCAAUACUAUUUUUCAAAGACAAUCAGAUUUCAUUUGUUAUCUGUGACUGUGUGUAUGUGUCUCGUGCUAUUUGUGUUCCUGUCUAGGCUUUAAUGUAAAGUUAGUUGUUGUCAAGUUCUCUGCUCUAUUUUAUAUACCAUCUACACUGCACAUCAGUUCCAUUUGUUUAUUAUGCGGCUUGUAUUGUGAAUACUGUGAUGAUCACGAUGGGGGGUAUUGUUGCACUUAACACCUUAGACAGUGUGAUCAAUGCUUUGGAUUCCGUCAUCAAAUAAUCUUUGCAUAUGCGGCAAUUAUGGAUGGGUUUUUUCUUCUUUACAGUGAAGAUUUUUUCCGCCUGUUAUUCUGUCCGUUAUACUGGCCUACUGUACUACAUAAACAAACAUUAUUCGUUUGGUAAUUUCAUUCGACUCCAUUUAUAAAGUAAAUUAUUAUUGUUGCAUGUUCAUUAUUUUUCAUAACAUCUCUGUUUUGGCUGUGUUCUAAGGGAUGCCUUCUAGAGUGAAUUUUCAAGAAAUAUACAUGAAACAUUUGUGAAGUGUACGAAACAAACAGGCUGGUAAAUACUAAUAAGAUGCUCUAGGUCGUUU